AUGCUGGGCACCAAAGGCGGUGAGGGGUUCGUGGUGAAGGUCCGGGGCUUGCCUUGGUCUUGCUCUGCAGACGAAGUGCAGCAGUUUUUUUCUGACUGCAAAAUUCAAAAUGGGGUUCAAGGUAUUCGUUUCAUCUACACCAGAGAAGGCAGACCGAGUGGCGAGGCUUUUGUUGAACUUGAAUCAGAAGAUGAAGUCAAAUUGGCCCUGAAAAAAGACAGAGAAACUAUGGGACACAGAUAUGUUGAAGUAUUCAAGUCAACCAACGUUGAAAUGGAUUGGGUGUUGAAGCAUACUGGUCCAAAUAGUCCUGACACGGCCAAUGAUGGCUUUGUACGGCUUAGAGGACUCCCCUUUGGAUGUAGCAAGGAAGAAAUUGUUCAGUUCUUCUCAGGGUUGGAAAUCGUGCCAAAUGGGAUAACAUUGCCGGUGGACUUCCAGGGGAGGAGUACGGGGGAGGCCUUCGUGCAGUUUGCUUCACAGGAAAUAGCUGAAAAGGCUCUAAAGAAACACCAGGAAAGAAUAGGGCACAGGUAUAUCGAAAUCUUUAAGAGCAGUCGAGCUGAAGUUAGAACUCACUAUGAUCCACCACGAAAACUUAUGGCCAUGUAG